GUUGAUUGCUGUAACGUGACCAUGAUACUUCCGGCUUUGUAAGCGGCUGCUUUUUCUCUCCCGGGGCUACAUAUACAACGGCCGAGGCUCGACCCGGGGAAAGUAGCCCGAAAGCCCGAACGCAUCCAGCCAGACGCGCUGUAACCCCGCUAAACAGAUAUCACGUUCCAUCAUGAAUUUCUUCCUGGAAACGAUCCAAGUCCUCCUGCUGUCCCUCUGGUACAAUGUGGAAUCUUUCAUCCACAUCUUUGUGCCCAUGAAGAAGAAGAACAUCACUGGUGAGGUGGUGCUGAUCACGGGGGCAGGUAGCGGGAUCGGGCGCCUCAUGGCUAAGGAGUUUGCGGCUCGGGACACUGUACUGGUGCUCUGGGAUAUUAACCAGGAUGGGAUGAAGGAAACGGCUAGACUGGCUAAGCAGAGUGGAGCCAGCAGAGUCCACUACUAUCUGUGUGACUGCAGCGACAAGAACGAGGUUUACAGAGUGGCUGACCAGGUAAAGCGAGAGGUGGGUGACGUCAGCAUUCUGGUCAACAAUGCUGGGAUCGUGACAGGAAAGAAGUUUAUGGAUUCUCCUGAUUCCCUGAUUGAGAAGACGGUGGAGGUCAACACCAUGGCUCACUUCUGGACAUACAAGGCCUUCCUUCCUGCCAUGAUUGCCAACAAUCACGGCCAUCUUGUCAGCAUUGCUAGUUCUGCUGGACUCAUAGGAGUCAAUGGAUUGGCAGACUACUGUGCCAGUAAGUUUGCAGCAGUAGGUUUUGCAGAGUCCGUGGGUCUGGAGCUGCUGGCAACUGGGAAAGAUGGCGUCAAGACCACCAUUGUGUGCCCGUACUUCAUCAACACUGGGAUGUUCAAUGGAUGUCAAACUAAGUGGCCAAGACUGCUGCCAAUCCUGGAUCCAGACUAUGUAGCCAAGAAGAUCAUCCAUGCUGUGCUCACAGACCAGGUCUUCCUGCUGUUGCCCAAGAGCCUGUACCUCAUCACUGCUCUCAAGAACGUCCUCCCCGUGAAGCAGGGCAUUAUGCUGGGCCAGUACCUGGGAGCCUUCAACCUCAUGGACACAUUCAGGGGACGCUCCACAAAACAGGAGUAAAUGAAGAAAGAGAAGAAUAUGUAUGGAAGGAGACAUGCAAAUAUUAAAGCUAUCUAUCUAUUGUGUGUUGCUGUCAUAAGACAGAAGUAGUCGUGAAGGUUGGACUUCAUUGCUCCUCUCAUUUCAAUGGUUCAUGUAUUCAAGAAAUGGAUUGUUAAUCUCUUUAUAUCUCUCCGUUUCAGUCACUAAUAUCCUUAAUGUACUUGUUUUUAAAUUCCAUGAUCAUUAGUAAAAUUUAAAUUGUGAUCUUAUUAGUAACAGUUGGUAAUCGUAUAGAAUGUAGUGCUCAUAAUGGCCUCCUAAAUUCAGCCAGCUUGUGUUGUUGCCUACUACUUGUUGAGGAGCCAUCAUGAUGAUAUAAUGAUGUAUCAUCAGACCACAAACAACCAAGUCAAACAUUUCCCUAUAAAAACAGGGCUCAAAGUCAAAAGUCAAAUGUGCUAUAGUCAAAUGUCCGUUCUGUAAAUUUGUAAUAUUGUAGUGUGGUCACAGCCACAACUACAAUUGCUUCAGCACAGAUGGAAAAAUACAAAUUGGGAUUUAAGUGUGAAGCAUGAAGAGGUGUUGUUCUUCUGCUGCUAUUAAGAGAAAGAUAAGUUCCAUUCGUCUCAUAAGCAAACCCAUCGAAUCACAUAAUUGUGACAGUUUACUUACUGCCAACUUACUUUAUGCCAACUAACUGGAAACAGAGCUCAUUAUCUUUAGGAAUUCAGAACUCAAGCAUUAAUAAAAAUGACUCAGUAGAAGCAGGUUCUUGGCCAUCGUCACCACAACAAAACCUUGUUUACUGUAAAUGAUGCUCAUCUGUUUCCAAGCCUGAGGAUACACAGAUGCAUCAGAGGCAGGUAAUACAUCUAACUUGUAGAUCUAUUAAUUUAUACUUCUUACUAAAGCUGGAUAUGUUUUGUCUACAGUAAAAAUGCUGACACUGCUAUAUAUUUACACUGUUGUGAAUGGAGCCACAAUAAUCAUCUCUAAAAGGUUUUGGGCACACUUUUGUUGUUAAUCUGGCUCAGGGUUUUUCAGUCUAAAUCAUUUCCCAUUUAAAAAAAAAAAGCAAUUGCUCAUACUCAGGAACAGUGAACC